AUGAAACUGCCAAUUUCUCAGGAACUUAUUGAAGAGCUGCAAAUUUACUUUAUGUCGUUUGGCAGAGUAGGAUAUGGAGAGAGUGAUCCACAUCCAAAGCGUCCAGUUCAAUAUCAUCUACACUUAGAAGGAUAUCUGCUCGAAGAGACCGAAAGACAAUGGGAGGAGGUGGAUCCUUUUCAGCUGGUGGUCCUGGAAAAGGGAUGUACUCUCAUCUCUAGUUCUGAUUUUGUAUCCAAAGUUGUUGAUAUAGCUGUGAAAGAACUCAUUGCAGUUGCCAGCAACAGAGAAGGGACUACAAAAGGCGUUGGUGUUAGUGAUGAAAGACAAGGUUCAGAUUCAAAAAGUGUUGUAGAGCUAACAAAUGGUUCUUCAGGUAAAGUUGAUGGAAGAAAGGAAUAUGAAGUCACUUGA